GGUAGGUUUCGCGCUGCAUCCUGGGUACACAGCUCCACUGUGAUGCAGUGAGCCUGUUGUGUUGACUGGACACCAAAGUAAAGUGAAACGAGGAAGGAUCGGCUCAGAGGAGCUCUGGGAGCGAGUUGGCGAUGCGUCUUUCGCGGUGUUGAACGGUCUCGUUGAACCAUGAACCAACUUCGCCGGUCGCCUCGAAGCGGAAUGAGCCACUGUUGAUCCCCGAAAACGAUUCCUUCUUGGAGAGGGGGAGAGUAAAAAUGAAGAACCCGAGCGCCCUGCUCCCCGUUGUCGGCUUGACUGGGAAAUGGUAGCGUGCUGUGGGAACCGCACUGGGAAGGAUCAUGGUCGAGAGGAGCAGCAAAUUCUUGUUGAUCGUCGUCGGAUCCGUGUGUUUUAUGCUGAUUCUCUAUCAGUACGUGGCCCCCGGGGUGAUCAAUUUCGGCUCCCCGCACGGUUAUUUCACGGAAGAAGACGAGGGGGACAUCUUCCCCACUCCGGACCCCCACUACGUCAAGAAAUACUACUUCCCCGUGAGGGACCUGGAGAGGACGAUCGAUUUCCAAAUUAAAGGGGAGGACGUGAUCGUGUUUUUGCACAUCCAGAAGACCGGGGGGACUACCUUCGGCAGGCACCUGGUGCAGAAUGUCCGUCUGGAGGUCCCCUGCGACUGCAGACCGGGCCAGAAGAAGUGUACCUGCUACCGGCCGAACCGCAAGGAGACCUGGCUCUUUUCUCGGUUCUCCACCGGCUGGAGCUGCGGUCUGCACGCAGACUGGACCGAGCUCACCAAUUGUGUGCCGGGGGUCCUCAACAAGAAGGAGAACAAGCAGAAAUCCCUGAGAAAGUUCUACUACAUCACUCUGCUGAGGGACCCUGUGUCUCGCUACCUCAGCGAGUGGAGGCACGUGCAGCGGGGCGCCACGUGGAAAACCUCCUUGCACAUGUGCGAUGGACGAACCCCAACACCUGAGGAGUUGCCCUCCUGCUACGAGGGGUCUGAUUGGUCGGGGUGCACCCUGCAGCAGUUCAUGGAAUGUCCCUACAACCUGGCCAAUAACAGACAGGUUCGUAUGUUGGCGGACCUGAGUCUGGUGGGCUGCUACAACAUGUCCACAGUUCCAGAGAAGAAGAGGGCCCAGCUUCUCCUGGAGUCUGCCAAGAAGAACCUGCGAGACAUGGCCUUCUUUGGCUUGACAGAGUACCAGAGAAAAACCCAGUUCCUCUUUGAGCGAACCUUCAGGUUGCGCUUCAUCAGGCCUUUCAUGCAGUACAACAGCACGCGGGCUGCGGGCGUGGACCUGGACAACGCUACGGUCCAACGUAUCGAGGAGCUUAACGAGCUGGACAUGGAGCUGUACGACUACGCCAAGGACCUGUUCCAGCAGCGCUACCAGUACACCAGACAGCAGGAGAGGCGGCUGCAGCGCGUUAAGAACCACAUGCAGCAGAACCACCAGGGCCUGGGCGUCAGCCUGUGGCCCUCCCGCAGCCAGCAGAGCUUGGUGUCAACACUGGAGGAUGGAGACGGGGAGAGGGAGGGGCGGGAGGAGGGUGAGGAGGGAGGCAGAACGGAGGAGGCGGGAAGCAGGCUCCCCACUGAGGACUAUAUGAACCAGAUCAUCAACCGCUGGUAGCAGAAGAAUGAGAACAAACAACAGACAUGCAUAUGUAAUGUGAAAUGCAAACACACACACACACACACACACACACUUACACUCACAGAAAGCGACGCCUGCUUCAAAGACCCAACUGACUGAAAAAAUAAAAUAAAAUAAAAAAACAGACUUUACCAGAGUUGGGCUGCGGGAAUCAGAAUCUAAGUGGGUUGCUAUGGAAACCUGAGCUUGGUCGAUUGCAUCAGCUCACAUUAUUGAGGUUUGCCCAGUUGUUAUUAGCGCCUGCUUGCCCUUGCCUCCCCUGUGCAUUUCUUUCUCUCUCCCAUCAUCAUUACUGACUGAGAAGAGGAGAUAUUUUUAAAAGUCGCUGACAGCUGAGUAACCCAACCAGCUCCCUCGCCUCCGCUCCUCCUCCUGUAUUCCUCUCCGUCUCUAUGGCCUCAUACGGGGCAUGAGAAAAUGAAUUUAAGUCUGUGAAUUCCCGCUAAUCCUUGCAAAAAAAAAAAAAAAAAAAAUGGACCAGUCUACUUCCUGGAUUCUCCUAUUUCAAAGGAACUGGGAGAGCUAUGAAAGUGUGCUGAUAGCUGGGCCGAACAAAGAAAAUGGUGGGAGUACAUCAGAGACUGCCCCAGAAAGACAGAAAGAAAAGUUGGCCUCAGUUGUGUAAUAAAAGCUUUCUGCUUUAAAAAAAAAAAAAAAAAAAAAAUCUGCCAUUUCACCCGUGAACAUGCUUUAGCCAUGAAAUAGUGACAUUCUCAUUUAAGGAUGAUUUUAUUUGUAUUUUCCUUCUGUGUUGAUGCUUUUUUUUUUUAAAAGCACAAUUGUAAUAACACUGAGACCAACAUUGCUGCCUAAAGAAAAGUGAUUCCUUUAUUUCUUUAUUUUUAUUUGUUUUAUAUGUCAAAGCUAAUGGAUUGGAUUGAUGUACUAUGGACCAUAGCCAUUACUGAA